UGCACUCUGCAGAGAGUCUCAAGCAGUUCAAGUUUCUCAUAGAUCAAGUGGACGAGCCGUUGAAGAAGACUUUCGAGGCAAUGGAGUGGCCUCUCUCUCUGCAGAUCUCUGUACAUUAAAGUUUGGCUAGUUCCACUAUGCUGAACUAACGCUCUCUGUAUUUCAUACACGUUUGGUAUCAUGUUUUGUGAAGCAAAUUCUGAUUGAUUUCUCAAUGAAUUCUUAAUAACCGAUAUAAUGGGUUGUGAAAGUACAAUUAAGCUUAGAGAAGCAGGCCUUAGGCAAAGAAAAGUUAAUUGCGCAGCUGAUGGACUCAUUGACACAGAACAUGCACCAAGGAUACCCAAUGGAGACGUUGAAACGAUUUCUCAGGGCACGAGACGGCAAUUUGGCGAAUGCAAACAAGAUGUUAGUUGAUUGUUUAAACUGGAGGAUACAAAAUGAAAUCGACAAUAUUUUUGGUGGGCCCAAAUUAUCAAGGGACACAUACAGAAUGGUGCGUGAUUCACAACUCAUAGGAUUAUCAGGAUACUCCAAAAAGGGGCUUCCAGUAUUUGCUAUUGGUGUUGGACAAAGCACAAUGGACAAGGCAUUUGUUCACCACUAUAUUCAGUCCCACAUCCAGAUCAAUGAAUAUCGGGAUCAUGUACUUCUGCCUAAAGCGACAGAGAGACAUGGGCGAUAUAUUGGCUCUUGCUUGAAGGUUUUGGAUAUGAGUGGCCUGAAAGUUUCAGCCUUGAGCCAGAUAAAGGUAUUGACUACGAUGGCCACCAUUGAUGACCUCAACUAUCCGGAGAAGACUGAAACUUACUUUGUCGUGAAUGCACCAUAUGUUUUCUCUUCCUGCUGGAAGGUUGUGAGGCCCCUCUUACACGAAAGGACGAAGAGAAAGAUACAAAUUCUGCAAGGAAGUGGCACAGACGAGCUAUUAAAGGUCAUGGACUAUUCAGCCCUUCCCCAUUUCUGCAAGAGAAAGGGCUCAGGGUUAUCGAAUAAUGGAUCAGAGAAUUGCUACUCUUUGGACCAUGAAUUUCAUCGCGAACUUUAUGAAUACAUAAAGAAGCAGGCUUCCUUUAUAAGGUGCAGCACAACAGUAAAGCAAGUGACUUCGGAAGGAGUCAUUACAGAGCUUCACAAAUUGGUUGACCUGACCAAGAUAAGCUCAGCUGCCAUAUAGAUGGCUAUGUGUUAGUGAUAGGUAAAAGAGUGUAUGAAAUGUAUGUAUUACAGUUAAUUUUAGGUCGGGACGUAGCUUAAUAGGCACCAGUGCAUCAAAUUCCACGAGAUUUCCGACACCAAGCUUGCAUUGUUUAAGAGGGGGUUCCUAGUAAAGGAUGUGAGGUUCACAGAAAAUAAAUGGGCCUCUAAUCCUUGACUGAGGGAAUAACCAAAUAACUGAUGUAUUGACAAAGUUAAAUACCAAAUGAAGAGGUAUGGUGGCUUUAGUAUUUUUCAAAUCCGGUAGUGGGGGAAAAACCGAUUUACUGAUUUAUUGAAAAAGUUAAUGCUCGGUGGGUUUAGUGAAUUGGAUUUGAAUGUUCUGAAACUGGUGGCAGUCGUGCCUUCUGAUACUUGAGAUCUUGUAUGUGCC